GCAAGCUUCGCAGGGCUUGCAAUUCACGCCUCGACUCUCCACUCCAAGCUCACACCGUUCAACUUUCAUCGGGCUUGUGAAUUCGGUCGUUCCUCGCACAUAUCAAGAUGAUGUCCUCAAGGCUGGUGCGGCCCGCCUUCGCCGCCGCUCGAAGCACAGCUACCCGAACAGCUAUCCGAACCUACGCUGCUCCUGCGACCGACACGAAACCACCCGUGGCCCUGUUUGGCCUGGACGGAACCUACGCAAAUGCUUUGUACACCGCCGCCGCCAAACAAAACGUCCUCGACCCCACCUCCAAAGCCAUCAGCAGCCUCACCCAGAUCCUCAAAUCCGAGCCGAAACUCCAGAGCAUCAUCGCCGCGCCCACCCUCAGCGACAGCGACAAGUCCCAGAUCGUCGCCGAACUGGAAAAGCACACCGGCGGCGCCGACAAGUCCGGCACGGUCAAGAACUUUUUGUCCGCACUCGCCGAGAACAACAGACUCGGUCUCCUUGAGGGCGUGUGCGAGAAAUUUGGAAUUUUGAUUAGCGCUUCAAAGGGCGAGGUCGAAUUGCUUGUUACUAGUGCUGCUAAACUCGACGACAAACUCCUCAAACGCCUGGAAACCGCCAUCGGCAAGUCCGAGUACAGCCAGGGAAAGAAGCUCAAGACCGUGACGAAAGUUAGCCCGGAUAUCCUCGGUGGAUUGGUUGUCGAGAUCGGCGAGCGCACUAUCGACCUCAGCGUGUCCGCCAAGAUCAAUCGUCUGAACAAGCUGCUCCAAGAUUCUGUGUAAAGAGAUUCCCGUGGGAAGUUAUUUGGGUGAUGGCGCAUGCAUUGCGCGACUUGUGCAUGAAAACUCCUGGGAAACCAAUCAUGCCACGCUGCUAGACUCGAUCUCGAAAAGGAAACGAAGAUAGACUAGGUAUGCGUGGAAGGUCUUUCCGUGAAAGAGCCGCUCCCAAUCAUCGAAUCAAAUAUGUGUAUAUAUGCGACUCCUCAAAAUGUCCAGAUCCAAGGUAUUUCUUGCCCAGGGGAAUUCCUGCUCCAGCAUGCAACAUCUCUGAAAACUGGAUUCACGCCGAUGCCAUCUUGUCACGCAUAUUUUACAACAGUGCUGGAGACACCACAACUUGCAUACUUUAAGUCUCGUGUCUCUGUUUCAUAGAUCUCACCAAGGUCAAGCAUCGCUUUCUGGAGCAAG